GUGACCGGCAUCGAACUUGGUUACAACUCAAAAGUACACAACAAAGCCACAUCUUAGCAUGAGCCUAACUGGUAACCUCAGGAGCGUUCAUUUACCUCUAAAGGACCUCGUCAAAUGUGCAGUUUGUAGCAAAAAAAAGGACCUGAGGCUAUGUUCAUCUUGCGGAGAGCAAACAUACUGCUCCGCCGAAUGUCAAAAGAAUGACUGGCCCACCCACAAGACCAGUUGUGGUACGGUAUUUCCCCCUUCCUGCAUCUUGAUCUAGCAAACCCUAAGAGCUUAGUGUCACAUGCACAAAGACAAGCCAAUGCACCCUGCAACGCUUCACAAAAUCGUCAACACUCCAAACCCAAAUGUACAUCCGACGCAGCUACCAGAUGGUUCAGUCGCUAAAGCGGUUAUACUGGGUGAUCCCCAGCCCCUAACUCAGAUCGGCGCACCUAGCUGGUGGCCUUCUGCACUCUCAGACAAUGUUCGAGGCAAGAUGAUGCGCAGGUUCCUGCGUGAGGGCUAUCUUCCACACAUACUCAUAGCUGUCUGUCUUGGGCUACUCGCAGAAGUAUACACGACGACAUCAGGUUUGAGAUAUGGGAAACAACGUCGUGUGCGCCUCCGUCAACACACCUCGCCUAUUUCAGAUUUUGGUAUUGCUUAUGGCUCUGCACGGGUUACAGCCCAAGAUAAACUUGCUUAUCUUUAUCUUUCGGAUGGCUCUAUGGUCAAGGGUCAGGAUCCUGACAAUCACUACUGGUUGUACUUCACUACAGUUCGAGGGCAGGAAUUUAUACUUGAAUGCGGGAUGUUCACAUUCAAUAUGUCCCAGAUUAUCGCCAGCCAGCCAUAUCUUUCCGCCAACGAUCCCUCUAUGCCCUUCGUACCUGCAUUUUUCCGGGAUAGGAUGAUACAAAAGAAUACUCCUGAGCUGCAUCGUGAGCGGAAGCGUUUCUCUGUUUUGCGAAACCCUGCUCUGCAGCGAGCUGUCGCAAACAGUGAAACAGGGUUUACUGCGCAAGAUCUGCAGGCCAUCACAAGCUUCUUUCAGACCGUGUCCGGCAAGAUCCCUUCCGAAAGCGAUAAAGAUGUUCUCCAGGCCUUCAUGUUGCACAGCUGUCGUGCUUUUGCAGACGUUAUAGAAAGUGGUAGAUGGAAGGGCUUCCCUGUUGAGCCUGUGUUGGCUAUCGAAGCGGAUCCUGGAGAACUAGACGACAUAGACGACAGCAGCGAGGAGUGGUGGCAAUACCUGCAAAAUUGGAAGAAAAUGAAGAAAUCGGGGAAAGUUGGCGAGGAGACGAUGAGGCAAGCAUUUCUCGAUUGGGAACGAAAGAAUGGCAGAAAAAAACGAAGCUAAUGGAUGAGUAGCGAAAAUCCAUUGACCCCGCUUCUUGUCAGUUAUAUAUUUUUUGAUUCUGUAUCCCUCUAAAAAUGUAAGUUGAGUGUAGCAUAGGUGUGUCAUGUUUUGGUUGUAUACUAUAAAGUGACUAGUAUAAUAAAAUAUGAAGCUUUUCGCUAUUCU